AUGUUGGAACCGAAUGAUUACGAAAAGUUGAAUACGAAUAGUGCGAUGGUUCACACGAUAGCGGGUGCAUUUGCGGGAUUAACUGAGCAUUGUGUCAUGUAUCCAUUUGACUCUGUUAAAACGAGAUUGCAAAGCUUAUGUCCUUGUCCAGAAACAAAAUGUCCAAUGUUGGAACCGAAUGAUUACGAAAAGUUGAAUACGAAUAGUGCGAUGGUUCACACGAUAGCGGGUGCAUUUGCGGGAUUAACUGAGCAUUGUGUCAUGUAUCCAUUUGACUCUGUUAAAACGAGAUUGCAAAGCUUAUGUCCUUGUCCAGAAACAAAAUGUCCGUCAGUAAUUCAUGGUUUAGCAUCAAUAAUGAAACGUGAAGGUUGGUGGCGACCUCUGCGAGGAGUUACUGCCGUGGCUUGGGGUUCAGUUCCAGCUCAUGCCGCAUAUUUUGCCACUUACGAAAAAUCAAAAAAGCUUUUUUUAUCGUCAAAUAAAGUCUGUAACACGGCUGCAUAUGGUUUCUCGGGUGUGUUAGCAACAAUUGUGCAUGAUGCAUUUAUGAAUCCAUUUGAGUUAUUGAUGAAUGUACCAUUUCAUACAGUGCAUUUUGUGACGUACGAUUCAUUGCAGCAAUUUUUUAAUCCAAAUCAUCACUACAACCCGAUUUCACAUAUGAUUUCUGGAGGAAUAGCUGGCGGACUAGCAGCUGCUUUGACCACUCCUCUUGAUUGUAUUAAAACAGUACUUAAUACGCAGCAAUCUCCAGAAAUAUUAUGUGAUCAUAGGUUGUUGUUGAAAAAUACUCCAGAAACAUGUGGAGGUAUCAUGAAUAGCAUAAAACUGAUAGGCAAAAUGCGAGGUACAACUGGUUUUUUCCGUGGAUUACAAGCCAGAGUGGUAUUUCAGAUUCCUUCAACAGCAUUAAGUUGGUCUAUAUAUGAACUGUUUAAAUAUCUACUUUUAUUAAAUGGAGUCGAACAUAAUAAUUUAAUUGUUCAAAAUUAA